GAAGUCGGCCUUCAUUGGUGCAAACAGGUUAGGUGACUUUCUCAGACCUGUCUCUAUAACCUCUGCGUUUGUUCCCUUGCUCUCACACAGGAUCUAACCACAGAACAACACAUGAGGUAGUCCAGGGUGUUGCUGGUUUAAUUAUUGUCCAUUUUGUUCUUUAAUGGAAUUACCAUAAAGGGCUGAGAUUCAUCAGGAUGAAAGGAAUUAUAACGGCGGCCUUUUUGUUAAUUUCUGGUUUUUGUUCCUUCAAAAUCACCUCUGCAGAAUUUCACUUUGUUAAUGUUUUAAUGAACUAUACGAGUGCACAGAAUUUUUGUCGAGAGGAGUUCAGUGAUUUGGCGACCGUCGGUAACUCUUCAGAUGAGCUGAGCUUGGCGGCCGUAGUUCCAGACGGUAUCGUCAGGACCUGGAUAGGACUGUGGCUGGCAGACACUGCCACAUGGUACUGGGCCAGGCCUGACCACAAGCUGGUCUAUCUGAACUGGGAGGAAGGAGAGCCCAAUGCUACGACCCCAGAGAGCUGUGGAGCGAUGAACUCCGACGGGCGGUGGUUUGAGAGUGGAUGUGACACCAGAAGAGGCUUUGUUUGUGGAGGUGACGACACGCACGGCCCCGUGUUUGUGGCCGAUAAGUUGUCGUGGCGCAGGUCCCAGGACCACUGCAGGGGGCUGUCCAGGGACCUGGUCAGCGUCCGGUCUGCAGCGGAGAACAGUGCUGUGCAGGGGGGCCUCACAGAGGCCUCUGUGUGGAUCGGCCUCUUCAAAGACCGCUGGAGGUGGUCCGACGAAGACGGCUCCUCGUUCCGCCUCUGGAAGACCAACCAACCCAUCGGCAACAAUCAGAACUGUGUGGUGGCUGUUUGGAGGGAUGGUGGAAGAUGGAAUGACAUUAAAUGUCAAAAAAAUCGCAGGUUCAUUUGUCAGGGGGCAAGGAAGGUAAACCCCAGGCCUUCCCCAGUCAGCCAACAGACUGCUGUUACAACUGGAGAUAACCUCUCAUCACCAGUCAGCCAACAGACUGCUGUUACAACUGGGGAUAACCUCUCAUCAACAGUCACCCAACAGACUGCUGUUACACCUGGAGAUAACCUCUCAUCAGCAGUCACCCAACAGACUGCUAUUACAAUCCCCUCAUCACCAGUCAGCCAACAGACUGCUGUUACACCUGGGGAUAACCUCUCAUCACCAGUCAGCCAACAGACUGCUGUUACACCUGGGGAUAACCUCUCAUCAACAGUCACCCAACAGACUGCUGUUACACCUGGAGAUAACCUCUCAUCAACAGUCACCCAACAGACUGCUGUUACACCUGGAGAUAACCUCUCAUCAACAGUCACCCAACAGACUGCUGUUACACCUGGGGAUAACCUCUCAUCAACACUCACCCAACUGACUGCUGUUACACCUGGGGAUAACCUCUCAUCAACAGUCAGCCAACAGACUGCUGUUACACCUGGGGAUAACCUCUCAUCAACAGUUACCGAACAGGCUGCUGUUACACCUGGAGAUAACCUCUCAUCAGCAGUCACCCAACAGACUGCUGUUACACCUGGAGAUAACCUCUCAUCAGCAGUCACCCAACAGACUGCUGUUACAAUCCUCUCAUCACCAGUCAGCCAACAGACUGCUGUUACACCUGGAGAUAACCUCUCAUCACCAGUCACCCAACAGACUGCUGUUACAACCCUCUCAUCACCAGUCACCCAACAGACUGCUGUUACAACCCUCUCAUCACCAGUCACCCAACAGACUGCCGUUACAACCCUCUCAUCACCAGUCAGCCAACAGACUGCUGUUACAACCCUCUCAUCACCAGUCAGCCAACAGAAUGCUGUUACAACCCUCUCAUCACCAGUCAGCCAGGUGACCCUCUCAUCACCAGUCAGCCAGGUGACCCUCUCAUCACCAGUCAGCCAACAUAACCUCUCAACACCAGUCAGCCAACAGAACCUCUCAUCACCAGUCACCCAACAGAACCUCUCAUCACCAGUCAGCCAGGUGACUCUCUCAUCACCAGUCAGCAAGGUGACCCUCUCAUCACCAGUCACCCAACAGAACCUCUCAUCACCAGUCAGCCAACAGAACCUCUCAACACCAGGCAGCCAACAGACUGCUGUUAAACCUGGAGACAUCCUCUCAUCACCAGUCACCCAACAGACUGCUGUUACAACCCUCUCAUCACCAGUCAGCCAACAGACUGCUGUUACAACCCUCUCAUCACCAGUCAGCCAACAGAAUGCUGUUACAAUCCUCUCAUCACCAGUCAGCCAGGUGACCCUCUCAUCACCAGUCAGCCAGGUGACCCUCUCAUCACCAGUCAGCCAACAUAACCUCUCAACACCAGUCAGCCAACAGAACCUCUCAUCACCAGUCAGCCAACAGAACCUCUCAUCACCAGUCAGCCAGGUGACCCUCUCAUCACCAGUCAGCCAGGUGACCCUCUCAUCACCAGUCAGCCAGGUGACCCUCUCAUCACCAGUCAGCCAACAUAACCUCUCAAUACCAGUCAGCCAACAGAACCUCUCAUCACCAGUCACCCAACAGAACCUCUCAUCACCAGUCAGCCAGGUGACCCUCUCAUCACCAGUCAGCCAACAGAACCUCUCAACACCAGGCAGCCAACAGACUGCUGUUAAACCUGGAGACAUCCUCUCAUCAACAGUCACCCAACAGACUGUUACAACCGGGCACAUCUUCUCAUCCCCAGUCACCCAACAGAACCUCUCAUCACCAGUCAGCCAGGUGACCCUCUCAUCACCAGUCACCCAACAGAACCUCUCAUCACCAGUCACCCAACAGAACCUCUCAUCACCAGUCAGCCAACAGAAACUCUCAUCACCAGUCAGCCAACAGCACCUCUCAUCACCAGUCACCCAACAGACUGUUACAGCCGGGCACAUCUUCUCAUCACCAGUCACCCAAAGCAUAACUACCCAGACAGUUUUCCCGGUCCCACAAGCGAACCCAACAACCGUUCCACCCAGCCCUGUGUCGGCCUCUACUGCCACGACACACUCCGCAGCACCAGCCAGAAAUUUGAUUUUAAUUCAGAAGAACAUGUCCUGGAUGGAGGCGUGGAGCUACUGCAGGACCCACCACACUGCCCUGGUCUCCGUCCACAGCGAGGAGCUUCAGGCCCGCGUGGGACGGGCCGCCGAGAACGCCACGUCACCCCACGUCUGGCUCGGGCUUCGCCACGCCUUCAACUUCUGGUACUGGAUCAAGUGGGGUGAUGGCUGUUAUCAGAACUGGGCCCCGGGCCACGGGGCUGAGAGGACGUAUGACUGUGGCAUGGCAGGUGCCCUAGAGGCCACUAGGGGGCAGCAGUGGGUGGCCUUACCCGACACGGAAGAACUCAACUUCAUCUGUUUUACGUGUGCUGGGGCCGCAGCGGGCCUGAGCUGAUCUUCGUUUACUUGUGUAUGUCGUAUCUAUGUGUCAAUAAAAAAAAAAAGGUAUCUUCCCAAAAGUUUUCACUCAAUUUAUCAGGUCUCAAGACCUCAAGACCUCCACAUAGGGCUAGGUUUUGGUCGUUUGGAUUUGAAAUUAAUGCAUUCAAGUGUUCGGCAGCAUCUCAUGUGGUUCCUCUCCUCCUCAUAUUGAGGUGCUACACAUGCGGCUGUGGGCCAGGCUUCUUUUGUUUCCCUGGAUUCCAUUGAAUAUGAAACCGUUUUGGAGUGGAGGCGUUCCCCCACAGUCACGGGCAGCAGGAGUGAUGUGAGAACAUUGAUCCGCUCUUUGCCUUUCACUUGGGGGUGAACAUUUGCAUAUUGACCCCCUAAGUUGGACCCUGAGAAUCUUUUUGAGACCACCAGGAUAUGCCCCGUGACUUGACCUUCAGAGGCAGCAUGUGGCCUCACCCGGCCCGCUCUCCUCCCGCGGCGCCACAUCAGAGGGGAACCUUUCAGCCAAUUGUUCGGUUUGUUGGGGAUUUCGUCUACUAAUACUGUUUAUUUAAUUCUAUUACUGUUUUUUGGGCAAACUCAUCCAUGAAAAUGUGCUAAAUAUUGUCCUGUGAAAGGAUGAACGGAUCAGUGUAAGGUCUUAAUAAUGGAUGCAUUUUAAGAUAUUCCAUCGUUCCAUUCCACUAAACCAAUAAUUUCAAUUGACAGCAGUUUCAAUGCUCUUCCAUUUUGACGCAAAUAUUGGAAUAUCUUUAAUGAAGGUUUUUGGUAAAAAAAAUGUGUACGAUAAUAGAAGUCUCUAAAUCCAUGCAAGACCAACGCAUCGGCGAGCCUGGCGUUCCCGAGGUGCAGUGUGAGGCGUGUCCAUUGCAUGGACCAUUAGACAUGUUUCAUAGCUUAGUGAUCGCUUCCCCUGAAAGCAUCGGUCAGUUCAAUGUUAAUGUCCCCUUUCUGGCCCCUCCCCCUUUUCUCACCAUCCUCUCCUCUUGUGUGCUGUCCAGCUGCCUCUGACCUCUGACCUCUGCCCCCUUACUCCUGACCCCGGGUACAUUCCCACGCCACACCCUUUUGUGGCCUGCUCGCCAUGGCAACACGGCGGUCACUCCCUUGCAUAUCCCCUGAGAUUAGGAUUCAGCUCCACUGGGAUGGGUGUAAUGUGCUCUAAUUUGGCCUAAUCCCAAAUCAGAUGUGGUUCUCUUGACAGUAUGGAGCUCAGAUUAGCAGCCCGAUAAGGAUAUAGUCCGAUGAUUAACUGUCAGGUUUUUAACAUGAUUAAAUAUUUAUAAAAACCCAAAAACUAAAGCUAUAAACAGCAGAGAUGAUAAACAGAGUGAAGUGCAUGCGUGUUCAUGUCUGGCCUGAGAAACAUCCUUUAGAACUUCUACAUGAUGCACUCACGCCUAAAGUAAAAUUCUUCAUACUUUU